AUGUCGUAUCGCGAAAAUAAAGAAUACGAAUCGGACUCCGGAGAUGAGCCGGUAGGCUAUCAAGGAGACAAAGGAUACAUGACGCCGUUGUCAUGGAACGAUGCAACCAAUGAAGAAUUGGAUUGGUUCGCAGACGUCAGGAAUACACGAGCCAUUGCAUUGCGAAGACGACAACGGCUGGGGAACCUUACAACCCCAGAAGAACAGCAGGAGCUCCGAGAGCUCGAACAUGACGUUGAAGAAAUUCAACGGGUUAUUAAUAAUCGGAAGGACAUUGCGAAGGAUUUCGAGGACGAAUUCCUAACGCAUACGGACCUUCCUAGGGGAGAAGUAAUACAAGUCGAUCCAAGGCCAGAGGACGCCGAAGGAUCAAACAAGGAUAAAGGACGGGAGGAAUGGAAUCCUCUCGGCAUCAAUCCAAGUUUACUAAGGAGUAGUGACUCCAGCGUUACGCCAACAUCCAGGAAGCCCUACGAUGGGUUAGGAUUAUGGAAAGGAGUCAGGACGACACCUUUGACCAGAACAUCCUCGGAAGGAGGAAGGCCAGCAAUGCCCGUCGAAGUACCACUACGGCCGCAGUCGGCCAUGGCGCAAACAGGUAGUUUGGGAACUACUGGUCAAAAUCCCAUCAAAGCACGAUACGAUCCAGCCAAUGGACCACCAGUGCAUCCAGGACCGACAUGUCUGGAAUUCCAGUGGCAGGAAUACCUCCUGGAAAUGAAUCUCUACGCGCUGUAUAAUUCUGCACAACCAGAAUUGGAAAAGGAGGAAUUACAGCUAGGCGAGAUCCGACCGUUCGCAGGAGAUAAGCGAACAUUUACAUCAUUCCUCCAGGCUGGAGAACGACAUCUCCAGGCAAACAUCCACAUAUAUAACGACGACUAUAGUCAAAUCACGUUCAUCCUAUCCCACUUCGAACCUGGUUCGGCAGCAGCAAAAUGGGUCGAAUCAUGGGAAGCAGCGAUGAUCGCGUCUACAGGAAGAUCGGAUGAUUUAGGACUUUAUCGCGACUUUCGGAUGACACUCCAAGAAAAGUAUGGAGGAGUCGCGACCAAGGACCAAGCAUGGCAAACGCUACUCGACAACCAGUGUAGGCAGAAGAAAGGAAAGGUCGACGAUUACAUCGGGAAUCUCGACAUCCUAUUUCGCUAUGCUGAAAUCGAUGACGACUAUACCAAGCUCGUUUAUUUCAAGCGAGGCUUGGAAUCAAAGUUGGCAGAGAAAGUCUUCCUUACUCCGAACCCUCCAACCACGUAUGAGGAUGCUUGCGACAGUGCAAGACAAGUCAACGACCUUCGAAAUGUCCAUAAAGGAAAAAGCAACAUCUUCGACUUCAUCACGCAUACGAAUCAGGAUGAUUCAAUGGAUGCAGGAGAAUCGAUGGAUAUAGAUGAUCCCAAUGCGAUGGACAUCGACAGGGCACGACGAAUACGACAAGUACGGAACCUUCCAGUCAAGAAACGCCUAUGCUAUAGGUGCAGAAAGCCAGGGCACGAAAUGGAUCAAUGUCCCGCAAAGAAGCCAAACAUCGAUCGAACCCUGCCCGUACAAGCCGUAUCAAAGAAGAAGCAGAAGACGACUUCUUCAAUAAAGAAGAAGGAUGAGCGCGCAUCUAUCGGAUCAAAAGAAUCAAUAAAGGAUUCAGCCCGUGGAUCAAAAGAACCCUCAAAAGAUCCGUCGAUCACGAAGAAGAUGCAAAAGCAGAUUGAGCAAUUAGUAACGAAGUUGGUCAAUGCAAAGCUUGUCAAACUUCUUCUCGAAGGUGACAAUCGAGACCACCGUGUCGAUCAGAAGAAGAAGGAAGCCGAAGAAGACGACGACGAACCUAUGGAUAUCGAUCGAAUGUCUGAACAUAUUCUUGGCAUGAAUACCAUUCGAAUUGGUGCCAUACGUACUCAUCCAUCGCAUCACGAUCAGACGGCCUUCCCUACGUCAAUAUGGAAGGAAGUCCUUAUGUCAUCACUCGAUCUCAGUCAAAAAGAAUGGCAUGGUAUCAAGGCCAUUGUCCAAAGGAAAUUUGACAAGAGACGACAAGGAGAUAACGAUGACAGUACUUCAUCGUCUACAUCUUCCUCUUCAGCAGAUAGUAUGCCUGACCAGCAUACGACGACGUGUCCUAACCAGAAGGGAAAAAAGAAGAAGACAACGCAGCGGCAGUCGACUAAGUCAGGCCAGCAGUCUUCACCUUCCAUUAACCAAUGGAUCAACCAGCCAUUCAAAGGAACUCGCGAAGACUCUCGCCGUUCACAAUCCGGACAAGGACAGUUCUCUGGACGAUGCUGGAACUGCAAUUGCAUUGGACAUCAUGCAUUUGAAUGUCCAAAGACGCCUCGGAUGGACACUACUUCCGAAAACAGUAUCCGAUCACGGUCACGACCAUUGCAAAAGAACGACCGAUGGAAUGCAGGACGAAUCCCCGAUUCGCUAUCACCCAAGCAUCCCAAAGCAGCCUAUGCACGAAACUCCAGUAUUGAUUCUUCGAAUCCAAGCACUGGCAGUAAUGCGAAGCAAGGAACUUCUCUAAGUCCCUCAAGCCCUCAAGUGCAUCGCAGUGGACGUACUGUCGAGUUGUUCAACAGUGAUUCUGAAUCAUCCAGCACCAAUCAGAAGUCUUGGGCAGAUCAAGUCGAAGAACGAUACUUGUCUUUGGGCAGUCCUGCACCAGAACAGUCAAGCAUCGGCACGAAUGAUCAAUCCUCCACUGAAUCACACGACAGCUCCACGCAUACUGUUUCAAGAAUACUUCCUUCCUCGAAGCGGAAGCGCAGACGGAGAAGACAGGAUCUUACGGUUUAA